AGGUUCCUGAUAAGUAUCCAAAGUUACCCUCUACCUGAGAUCCUCAGAAAAUGACACUGAUAUGAUAUGUUUCUCCCCACUAAUAAGAUAUCCCACCGUCUUCAAGCUCAGCUUCAGCCGCUUCCAAUAUUACCUCCAUUCCUAAGCAAAUCUUCAACCACCAAGCAGUCAUUCAUGUUGCUGCGCCUUUCUGGCUCAUAGUUUCACUUUCAAGCCGUUGUCAAGGUGCAGGUUUCUGACAGCUCCCGAAGUAAUCAUAUCUCGUGAAGCCCAGCCUAGCGGUCUCUGUCCCGGGAGUUGUUCAUGACCUGCUUCUAGAGCCCCGCCGAUGCUCUUGUCGCGAUUCCUACAACAUGUCCAUGGCACCCGUUCUUGACACGCUCGUGCAGCUCGUCGUCGUGUCUGUGCUCUUCGCUGCCGCGUGCGCGUUCACCCCAGCGGACAACUACCUCAUCCUCUGCGGCACGUCGGCGAGCGCCACCGUCGACGGCCGGACGUUCGUCGGGGACGCCCACCUGCCCGCCUUGGUGCUGACGGCGCCCCAGAGCGCCGAGGCCAACGCGUCGGCGAGCUCGGUCACCGGCUCCGAUGAGCCGGCGCUGUACCAGUACGCGCGCGUAUUCAUGGCGCCGUCCUCGUACACGUUCGCGAUCAAGGAGCCAGGUCGCCACUUCGUCCGUCUCCAUUUCUUCCCCUUCCGGUACCAGUCCGACGACCUCGCCGCGGACGCCAGGUUCAGGGUGUCCGUGCAGGGUGUGGUGUUCGUCGACGGGUACACGCCCAAGAACGGCACGGCCGUGGUCAGGGAGUUCUCGGUGAACGUCCCCGGCGACACGCUGGUGAUCGCGUUCACGCCUACGGGCAAGGUGGCGUUCGUGAACGCCAUCGAGGUCGUGUCGCACCCCGACGACCUCAUCGCCGACACGGCGCAGACGGUGAGCUCCCUGGGCCAGUACACGGGGUUGUCGACGCAGGCGCUGGAGACGGUCCACAGGAUCAACAUGGGCAUACCCAAGAUCACACCGAGCAACGACAGUCUGUGGAGGACGUGGCUGCCGGACCAGAGCUUCCUGCUCGACAGCACCCUCGCGGAGCACAAAAAGGUGCGGCCCUCGACGCUCCACCGCAUGGUAGGCCUCGCGACCACGGAGACGGCGCCGGACCAGGUCUACGCCACGGCGACGGAGCUGAACACGUCGUUGGCGGCCAACACCCUGAACGUGCAGUUCAACGUGACGUGGAGGUUUGACACCCCGCCGGGGUCGGCAUACCUGCUCCGGCUCCACUUCUGCGACAUCGUCAGCAAGGCGGCGAACGGAUUGGCCUUCAACGUCUACGUCGGCGGGUGGCGGGUGCUCCCGGACUACCAGAUUUCCAGUGACACUUCCGGCGAGCUGGCCGUGCCGAUAUACAGGGACUUCGUGCUGAGCGCCAAGGACGCGACGGGCGCGAUCACCGUGAGCAUCGGACCGUCGACGCUGGGCAACGUGGACCCCGACGGCCUCCUGAACGGACUCGAGAUCAUGAGAGUGGUGGGGAGCACCGGCGCCAGCGGCGCGGGGGCACCGCCGCACGGUUCGAAGAAAAUCACCACUGGCAUCGUCGUUGGCUCCGCCGUCGCGGGGGUCACGGUGGUGACGGCCCUCGGGUUCAUUGCCCUCAGGACGCUACGAAGGAAGAAGCCGGCGAAGCAGCCGUCGAGCACCUGGGCCGCGUUCUCGGCGAGCGCGCUAGCUUCCCGCUCGCGCACUCACAGCUUCGGCAAGAGUGACAGCGGCAGCCGCAGGAACACGGUCACGCUCGGGCAGGGCGCCGGCGCCGGGUACCGGUUCCCGUUCGCGGUACUGCAGCAGGCGACGUCUGGGUUCAACGAAGGCAUGGUCAUCGGCGAGGGCGGCUUCGGGAAGGUGUACAAGGGCAUGCUGGGCGACGACACGCGGGUGGCCGUGAAGCGGGGCAACCGGCGGUCGCAGCAGGGGCUCAACGAGUUCCGCACGGAGAUCGAGCUGCUGUCGCGGCUGCGCCAUCGCCACUUGGUCUCGCUCAUUGGCUACUGCGACGAGCGCCGCGAGAUGAUCUUGGUGUACGAGUACAUGGCCCGGGGCACGCUCCGGAGCCACCUCUACGGCUCCGAACUCCCUCCCCUGUCGUGGAAGCAGAGGCUGGAGGUCUGCAUCGGCGCCGCCAGGGGGCUGCACUACCUCCACACCGGCUCGGCCAAGGCGAUCAUACACCGGGACGUGAAAUCGGCCAACAUCCUCCUCGACGACAGCUUCAUGGCCAAGGUCGCUGACUUCGGGCUGUCCAAGACGGGGCCGGAGCUGGACAAGACACACGUCAGCACCGCCGUCAAGGGCAGCUUCGGGUACCUCGACCCGGAGUACUUCCGGCGGCAGAUGCUGACGGAAAAGUCCGACGUCUACUCCUUCGGCGUCGUCCUGCUCGAGGUGCUCUGCGCUCGCCCGGUCAUCGAUCCGACGCUGCCCCGGGAAAAGGUGAACCUGGCUGAGUGGGCGACGCAGCGGCUCAAAAGCGGCGAGCUCGAUAGCAUAGUCGACCAGCGGAUCGCCGGGACGAUACAGCCGGACUCGCUGAAGAAGUUCGCGGACACGGCUGAGAAGUGCCUCGCGGAGUACGGCGUGGAGCGGCCCACCAUGGGGGACGUGCUAUGGUGCCUCGAGUUCGCGUUGCAGCUGCAGGAGGCGUCGCCAGACAGCUCCGGCACCGACAAUAUGCGGCUCGUCCCCGCCGUUACGUCCCAGUUCCAGCGCAGCCAGUCGAUCGCCAGCGAUGGGACUGACGCCACCAUGUCCGCGAACUUAGGGGACCUCGACGGCAUGUCGAUGAGGAGAGUUUUCUCAAAGAUGGUCAAGAGCGAGGAGGGCAGGUGAAGCCAGAAUUCUCUUGCAUCUUCCCGUCAUCCCAUGUACAAAACAAGGACAAUAUCUCAGUUUUGAUCCUCCUGAAUUCAUAGCAGUUGGAACACGCACCCUUGCUGUGGACCACCGUCUGCACAAAGUUGGAACAGGUCACUGCAACAAACGUACACUGAGCAUGCUUGUCAAGAUUCACAACACAACCGCAGCAUAUUAAGUGCAAGAUUAGAGCGAAAAGCGGCAGGCAAACAUGCUGCAUCUCCAGCACAUUCAUAAUACCACCUUUCGUUACAAUGAAUAAAUGCAGUCUGUUCAACUCUC